GCAGCCCCUCUGGUGGCCCCCGCGGCGCCCACCCCGGCCGCGGGGGAGCCCCUGGAGUGCCCCACGUGUGGGCACAUGUACAAUGUCACCCAGCGGCGGCCGCGCGUGCUGUCCUGCCUGCACUCCGUGUGCGAGCAGUGCCUGCAGGUCCUCUACGAGUCGUGCCCCAAGUACAAGUUCAUCUCCUGCCCCACCUGCCGCCGCGAGACCGUGCUCUUCACCGACUACGGCCUGGCCGCGCUGGCCGUCAACACGUCCAUCCUGAGCCGCCUGCCGCCCGAGGCACUGACCGCCCCGUCUGGUGGCCAGUGGGGCGGCGACCCCGAGGGCAGCUGCUACCAGACCUUCCGGCAGUACUGCGGGGCGGCCUGCACCUGCCACGUGCGGAACCCCCUGUCUGCCUGCUCCAUCAUGUAGCCCCGCCCAGCGCUUCUCCACGGCUCCCGCCCCACCCCGCGCGGCAUUGUCGCUGCAGUCAACUUGGCUAUUAAAACUCUUUGCCAAAGUUUGCACCUUGUUCCUAGA